GUUCUGUUUUGGAGAAGAACCGAAGAUGGCGACCUCAAACAAUCCGCGAAAAUUUAGCGAGAAAAUCGCUUUACACAAUCAGAAACAGGCUGAGGAGACAGCUGCCUUUGAAGAGGUCAUGAAGGAUCUCAACAUAACUAGAGCUGCACGGUUGCAGUUGCAGAAGACCCAGUAUUUGCAACUAGGGCAGAGUCGUGGUCAGUGCUAUGGAGGGUCACUGCCCAAUGUCAAUCAGAUUGGAAAUAGCAGCACUGACCUGCCUUUUCAGAACUCUUUCCAGACGAACGCCUUGGACACCAGUCGGACCACGCGGCACCAUGGCCUGGUCGAUCGGGUCUACCGCGACCGCAACCGCAUCAGCUCGCCACACCGACGCCCUCUCUCGGUGGACAAACAUGGCCGCCAGAUUGACAGCUGUCCUUACGGCUCGGUGUAUCUGUCCCCUCCACCUGACACCAGUUGGCGGAGGACCAAUUCAGAUUCCGCCUUACACCAGAGCGCCAUGAACCCCCCAUCUCAAGACUCGUUUGCAGGAGGCUCGCAGGAGCUGCAGCCAAAGCGAGUUCUUCUGCUAGCAGCACCUGACGAUACGGACACAGACAUGGAGAAGGAUGAGCAGAAGGAGGACUGGGAUGAGAAGAAGAACGGAACGUCACGGCCCAAAUCUUGUGAAGUCCCAGGCAUCAACAUAUUCCCGUCUCCAGAUCAGGAGCUCAACGCGUCCAUCACCCCGGCGACCCACAACACGGGCGGCUCUCUGCCCGACCUGACCAACAUCCAGUUCCCCCCGCCACUGCCCACCCCGCUGGACCCCGACGACAACGUGUCCUUCCCCUCGCUCAGCUCGUCCAGCAGCACGGGCAACCUGUCCGCCAACCUCACCCACCUGGGCCUGGGCACCGUCAGCCCCGGGAUCAGCUGUCCCCAGGCGACCAUGACCAUCACUACCCAGCAGGGUCAGUCCACACUCAUCCCUCUCAGCCUUAGCAUCGACUCCCAGCAGCAGCAACAACAACAACAACAACAACAACAACUAUCGCCUACUCUCUCACCGCAGAUACCAAUCACACAGGCCCUGACGAUGGACGCCUUGACCCUGGAGCAACAGCUGGCCCAGUACCCCCUCAUCAGCCUUCUGAAUGACCUGCAGAAACAGCAGCAGCAGCAGCAGGGGCAACAGGGGCAACAGAGCCUCCCCCAGGGCAUCCGACUGGUGCAGCUGCCCCCCCUCACCGUCCAGGCCAGCAGCUCGUCCUCCUCACAGCAGUCCAGCCCCGCCACGCAAACACACAUCUCCUCCGCCACCGUCAACAUCAACUCGUACCGCACCCAGUCCGGCUCCCCUGCCAACCAGUCCCCCACCUCGCCAGGCUCCAACCAAGGCUUCUCGCCCGGAGGCUCCCCGCAACACAUUCCCCUGGUGGCGAGCCUGAGUGGGGACUUCUACGAGCAUCAGCUGGCGUCCAGACAGACAAACGCCCUCUCCCAGCAGCUCGAGCAGUUCAACAUGAUCGAGAUGGACAUCCCCAACAGCUCGAGUGGCCUGUAUAGCCAGUGCUCCACGCUCAACUACACGCAGGCGGCCAUGAUGGGCCUCAGUGGAACCCACGCCGCGCUCCAGAACUCCUCGCAGCUAGGAUACAGUAACCAUGGCAACAUUCCCAACAUUGUUCUCACAGUGACGGGUGAGUCUCCUCCGAGCCUGUCCAAAGAGCUGGCCAACUCCCUGGCGGGCGUGGGUGACGUCAGCUUUGACACGGACUCUCAGUUCCCCCUGGACGAGCUGAAGAUCGACCCGCUCACGCUAGACGGACUGCACAUGCUCAACGACCCAGACAUGGUUCUGGCUGACGCCGCCACAGAGGACACGUUCAGGAUGGACCGGCUGUGACCAUCGCCAGCGCAGCACGCACACACACACACACACACACACACACACACACACACACACACACACACACACACGGAGGACACGUUCAAGAUGGACCGGCUGUGACCAUCGCCAGCGCAGCACACACACACACACACACACACACACACACACACGGAGGACACGUUCAAGAUGGACGGGCUGUGACCAUCGCCAGCGCAGCACGCACGCACACACGGACGAGACGCGCGGGGAGGGAAGGGGCGAGUCCUGCUGAAGUCACAUCGCUGUCCAGUUAAACACACACACACACACACACACACACACACACACACACACACACACACACACACACUCUUCCCUACCCAGUUUUAUGGUCCUCAUCCACAUGUUGUUUGUGAUGGCAUGCUACCAAAAACCAUUUGGGUGACCGGGGUGGUCCGACACCUUUGGCCAGCGUGUGGACAUUGCUGCAGUCCACGCCAGUGAUGCCCCGUGGCAGAGAUGCCGUCAUACACUGCUGCUCCACCCUAAUGUUUGUGUGUUUUUUGUUCUUGUUUGUUUGUUUUUGUUUGGAGAGAAUGUGUGAAGUCACUGCCAUGUGUCAUGCCAUCUCUGCCUCAUCUGCGUUGCCAUGGAGACAACAGUAGCGUUUUUCAGCUGCGUCACUGACAUCAUAUCAAGAGUUACAGUGGCCACCGCUGUCCUGGUUACUGCUUUGGUGUCAUGAUUCAUAGUUUUGUUUAUUUUAUAUGUAUUUAUUAUUUAUUUACUUGUGUGUCUGUUUACCUGUUUAUUUUUUUGUUUACACUUUUAUUACAUAGGUUGCCAAAUUGCCCACUGGCCUACUGGUUUUCCACACCCAUUGGUGCACUUUUAAAAAAUGUGUAAAUGUGUAUUUAUUCGACUGUUCAUGUUUGUUUGUGUAGUUAUUUAUUUUAUUUAUUGAAUAUUUAUUUGUUUAUAAGGAGUACUAGACCUCCCCAAACACUUUGCUCGUGGGUUGUGAUGCGAUGUCAAGUGCACAAGAUGUGUAGUGGACGGGGCUGAUGCUGUAGUGACUGCUUGUGAUUGGUUGACCUGUAGCUCUGUAGAAUUCCUCUUCAGCACCAAACGUUAUGAUAAUGUGCCAAGAGGAGAGAAGCCGGUCCCAUGUAGUUCCCUUUGGUUAGCUAGCUGGUCCCAUGCGCUCCCUUUGAUUAGCUAGCUAAAGAGGCCGGGUCCCAUGUAGUUCCCUUUCGUUAGCUAGCUAGAUAGGCCGCAUCCCAUGCGCUCCCUUUGGUUAGCUAGCUAGAGAGACCGGGUCCCAUGCGCUUCGUUUGGUUAGCUAACUAGAGAGGCCGGGUCCCAUGUCGUUCCCUUUGGUUAGCUAGCUAGAGAUACCGGGUCCCAUGCGCUUCCUUUGGUUAGCUAGCUAGAGAGGCCGGGUCCCAUGCGUUCCCUUUGGUUAGCUAGCUAGACAGGCCGGGUCCCAUGGUUAGCUAGCUAGAGAGGCCGGGUCCCAUGCGUUCCCUUUGGUUAGCUAGCUAUGUAGCUAUCUAUCCAUCCAUCAUGCACACAGACAGCUUUGGUUAGCUAGUUAUGUAGAUAUCUAUCCAACUAUCAUGCACACACAGACAGCUUGCUCACCAAGGUGUCUGAGGACCAGAGGAGGAAGGGGGUGGGGUGGGGUGGGGGGACAGGGGGCAGGAUGGCUAUCAUAACCCACCACUGUGAAAGAUGCUGAUUUUGCCUUACAUGAACAAGAUGCUGUUCUCUGUUCUGCAGUGUGGUUUGACUUUGACCGAUGUCUUUUAUAAGUGUAGGAAACCUAAACCUUUUUUUUUUUUCUCUCUUUUUUUCUGUUUUCUGUUUUAUCGUUGUUUUUAGAUGUUGAACUGCUGUUACCGUUGUGGUCAAUGUUGAUUUUAAAACUGUAUUUGUUGAUGAAUUCUUCAAUGGCCAAUGUAUUGUGCUGUUUCUAAACAGUGGUUUUACUAAGUCCCACGCAGCAAGAGCAAGCGAGGGGAGGGUACUACUCCGGUGAUGAGUAUUACUCUGAGUCAGUUCACUUCUUUAUAUCCUUACCCUCCCUAGCCACUAAUAUGCUCUUUACUGCUUUCUUUUCAGUUCCCUAACUGGGUCAUGUUUGCGGUGUAUAAGAUGUACAGGAAUCACACUGUUGUUUUGUGUGGACUACAGAUUUGUAUGUUUUGUGGCUUUGUGUUUUUUUUUCUGACAGAUGAACUUAUGCAAAAAGAUCAACAUUAUCAUUGAGCCAAGUCUAGUUAGGAACACAGCGUCAUGGAGAACGUACCGGAGAUGCAUUAACGACGUUUACUGACAGAGAGCGCUCUCACUACGGGAGGCUUGCAAGUGCUGUUCUAGGCCUUUGUUGUCAGUUUGAAACUAAAUGUAUGAUCUGCAUUGUUUAUAUCGAGAUUAUGAAUUCGUUCAGUUGGAGACUCGAUGAUGCAUUCCCUCUGUCGGCACCUUUCUUGCUGGUGUCCUACUGGGGUAGAACGGGAGUAGUAACUCAAGAAAAAGGAGGAUUUCCUUUUUUGUAGUUUAGAUAUAUCUCUCUUUUAUUUCUCUGCCAGGGUAAAUUUCUGGCAAGCAUUGUACAUAAAGGUUACUGGUAAAACAUGAAGACUGCAUGACAAAAAAAACACAGUUAAAAAACAGACAAAGCAAAUGCCGGUUGUUAUUUUUGAAAGCCUACAACUCCUGAUGAACUCUGACCCCUGCUGGUUGCUGGAGGAGGUGCAGUGUGCAUGAGUUAGAUCCCCUCACCCAUUUAGUUUCCCCAGAGCUGAGCUGGAAGUAGAAUGUACUCCUUACACACACACACACACACACACACACACACACACACCAAAAUGUUCGACCGCCUUUGGAAGCCCCAAGCUGGACCAAAGUUUUAUUUGGCACGUUUGGUGUGUAUUUUUCCCUGCUUCCAUGCAGUUCCCGUUGGCUGUGACGAGGUCAUGCAUGUUGGUAGUCUGGACCCCCGUCUCCCCUGCUCUAUGCCUGCCCACACCUACCCACUGCCCACACCUGCCCACUACCCACUGCCCACACUUGCCCACUACCCACACCUGCCCACUCCCCACUCUAUGCCUCCCCACCGAGCACACCUGCCCACUCCCCAAGGUGCCCACUCCGCACUACCCGCUACCCACCAUGGAAUGCCUCCCUGCUCCCCAAGGUGCACACCUGCCCACUCCCUGCUCCCCAAGGUGCACACCUGCCCACACCCUGCUCCCCAAGGUGCACACCUGCCCACACCCUGCUCCCCACUGCGCACACCUGCCCACACCCUGCCCCCCCCCCCCCCCCCUUCGGUAGCUCUGAGACUUCACCCAUCCCCCACCGUUCACCCAUUCCCAACCGCUCCCCCCCUCCCUCCCUGGACUCUAGGUCUGGUUCUGUGUUCGUUUCUGAGUCUUGUUCCGUUUUCGGUUCCGAGUCUUGUUCCGUGCUAGAUCCUCGGUUUUGCUCUUGUACCUUGUUUCUUUUUGUGAGUUGUUGUUUUUGCACUUUAUCACUUGGCUUCAUUAAAACCUGGGACUGUUCCGACCUCAGCGCAGACUGUUGAGCUAUAUCAAGGUGCACACAGGUGGGACGGUCAGGUGUUGGGGCGCUCCUGGAUGGCCGCUGUAGGCGUCUGGGACGCCUGGAGAGCAGAGAGGGGGACAUUACUAACACGGACGCCGGGCACUUCUCAAUGCGACAUCUGAAAGGGCUCUGUCCACUCUUGUGUGGUGUACGAUAAUGUCUAUGAAGUGUAGGAUGCUGAUCUAUUUAUCCCUGGUGGACAGAGAGGUGGCGUUGCUCUCUGUGUUGGAGGGUAGUGCCCACGUUAGGUGGCGUUGCUCUCUGUGUUGGAGGGUAGUGUUUGAUGUCAUGUGUGAAUGAGGGCUUCUUUGUGUUUGGUCCAAGUGAAGUCGGUAGGUAGGUAUAUAUAUAUAUAUAUAUAUAUAAACUCUAAGCCUAAGGUGAGUAGGUUCAGAGAUUGAUGUUGCAAAGUGAACCCCCUCCACCCGGCCUUAAUGAGAGAAACCUACAUCAGAGAGAGGGUCCUCCUGAAGUGAACAGGGUGCCCAGAGGUGGCUGUUACCUGGGAAAGCAGGUGCUUGACCCUUACCUGGGAAAGCAGGUGCUUGACUCCUGUGUUUGAACGGCCUCAUUUCUCUUUGAUCACCUGGAAAAGUACUCAAACUGUAAGAGAAAAGAAACGCAAGCAAACACACACACACACACACGCUCACACAAAAGAGAAAUGCGUCCCUUGGUGGCAGCGCUCCAGAGGUGUGAAUUAUGGGAUGGAGCGCUUGGAAAACUCUGGUGCGAAAUGUCAUCUGCCUUUUUCCCCCUUCUCCCCAAAACAACAACAACAACACAACCUGACAAUGACGCCCUUCUCUGUUCUCAUUGUGCUGAAGCUCCUGUACCGCCACCUGGUGGACAUUGAAAGUAACGAUGUAAAUGCAAACCUGCUUCUGAUUUCUUGACAUUAAAGGAUGCACUUAAACUUCUCAUUAAAGGAUGCUCUUAAACUU